CUCAGCUUCCUUCUCUACUCCAGAAGACCGCAGGUUGUGGAAGAGGACCACGUCCGCUUAAGAGAAAGGACUUGGACGUUAGGUUGAUGUUACCCUCGCUCGAACCCCCCUCAACAUGAGGGGGUCUGACUAAUCUAGGACAUCGAAAAGUUGUGGCUAAAACGUUUGUAUCCAUUCGCCAAAGCCGCGCGGAUCGGACCUGAGCGUAAUUACGCACGCCUCGCCAUGGCGCUGAUAGUGGACAGACAUGCUCCGGCGUUGCUGUUGGUCUGGAGUUACUGCGUCCUGGCGGAUUCGGCUUUCACGAACUUUACUCUGGACAACGAGUUCCACUCAAGUUUCAUCCACCGGCGGCUGAAGAGUCAAGAGCGCAGGGAGAUGCAGCGCGAGAUCCUUUCGAUCCUCGGGCUGCCGCACCGGCCGCGACCGCACCUCCACGGGAAACACAACGCUGCUCCCAUGUUCAUGCUCGACCUGUACAACGCCAUGUCCACGGAGGGGGACGAGGACAGAUACUCGUACCCUUACAAACCCGUCUUCACCACCCAGGGACCCCCGAUAGCCAGCUUGCAAGACAACAACUUCCUGAACGAUGCGGACAUGGUCAUGAGCUUCGUCAACUUGGUUGAACACGACAAAGAAUUUCUGCCAGUGCGGAAGCAUCAUCGAGAGUUUAGGUUUGACCUUUCUCGGAUCCCUGAGGGCGAGGCUGUCACUGCUGCCGAGUUCCGUAUAUAUAAAGACUUCAUCCAUGAACGCUUUGACAAUGAGACCUUCCGCAUCAGUGUUUACCAGGUGUUGGAGGAACACUCAGACAGGGAGUCUGACCUCUUUCUCCUCGACUCACGGGUGAUCUGGGCUGCUGAGGAGGGCUGGUUGGUGUUCGACGUGACCGCUACCAGCAACCAUUGGGUCUUGAACCCAGGCAGGAAUCUCGGCUUGCAGCUCGCUCUGGAAACAGCAAACGGUGAUAGCAUCAAUCCCCGGUUGGGAGGGCUGAUUGGUCGCAAUGGGCCCCAGAAUAAGCAGCCGUUUAUGGUCGCCUUCUUUAAAGCCACGGAGGUUCAUCUGCGAAGCAUUCGUUCGGCAUCUGGGGGGAACAAACAGCGGAACUCCAACCGCUCCAAAGCUGCGAAGAGCCAGGAGGCACUGCGAGUUGCUAACGUUGCAGAGAACAGCAGCACUGAUCAGAAGCAGGCGUGCAAGAAGCACGAGCUCUACGUCAGCUUCAGAGACCUGGGAUGGCAGGACUGGAUCAUCGCCCCCGAAGGAUACGCAGCGUAUUACUGCGAGGGCGAGUGCUCCUUCCCGCUGAACUCCUACAUGAAUGCCACCAACCACGCCAUUGUGCAAACCCUCGUUCACUUCAUCAACCCGCAGCAGGUCCCCAAACCUUGCUGUGCUCCCACACAGCUCCACGCCAUCUCAGUGCUCUACUUUGACGACAGCUCCAACGUCAUUCUCAAGAAAUACCGCAACAUGGUGGUCCGGGCUUGCGGCUGCCACUAGACGAUCCUCAUCUUCACAUCCAGAAACAAACACGCACACAUUCACAUUUGUGCUUUCUACUGUGUACACAAGACAUUUAAAAGCCUUGAUUGCCCUGUUUAUCCAUGCAGUCAACAAUGUCUUGUUUAUUUCAGUAAUUGUGGUAGAUUUUUUUUUGUAGAUUUAUGAAUUAUGUCCAAUGCGGGUUCUGAUCCAAGGAACUCUGGUGUGUACAUGUUUGUGUAAAUAAUGUUUUUUUUAACACUAAACCGAGAGGUGUAUUUAUUUCUUGAAUGUCAGUAGAGUUUUCUCCUGAGCUCAGACACUUCCUGUACACAGCGUUGUCUGAACAGUUUUUCACAUGAUAGUUAUAUUUGCUGCCAAAAUUCCUAAGUGUACAGAAACGGAAAGGUCAUUUUUGUAAACAAUAUUUUCACUACAGCUGAACUAUCGGGCAGGUGACAAGGAGUCAAUGUUGGAUUUCCUGUCCUCUGCUCAAAGUCAUCAGGUUUUUUUUUUCUCUGCUGUCCUAUUUAAAAAAGGUCUAUUUAUUAAAGCUGGCUAAACUGUUCCUGGUUCGAUCCAAAAUGUUUUACUGCUGAACUGGUACAACA